AUGGCCGCCAUCGUAGCACCAAAACCCCUCCCGUUCCUCACCACCCUCACCACCCGCUCCUCACUUGCCCGCUUACCCACUCGGCGUUCCACCCAAACCUCCUGUUCCAGUGCCGGCCGCCGCGGUCCCGCUGUCGCGGCCAGUCCUCGUCCCGGCGUAGCUUGCAGGGUCCAUUCCCGCCUUAGGUCUCUUCUCCCUCCCAGCGCGGCAGCCUCGCCCCCAACCGCGGCAGCGGCGGAAGGCAUGUCUGACCCGGAGCUGAGGCUGGUGCUCGAGCUCGCUACCGACGAGGAGCUGAUGGAGGUGGAGGAGAUCCUCUACGGCACCAGGAGGUGGAGACCAUCAUACAGAGAUGUCUUGCUCAGAGUAAGAAAAAAAAUUGGCGUUCGAUGCUCUAGCAAAUUGUGUACUGCAGACCUUGAGGCAGAAAUAUUUCUUCACCUUGUGGAUGAAUAUUUAAGCUGCAUGAAAGACCAACUUUCAUUUCCAUGGGAUAAACAAAAAUCUCCAAAAGAAACCUCUAGCCUUGGUGCAAACAACUGGAAGGUGCUUACUUAUGUGGCUUGGAGGAUUGGAACAAAGGGAAUGGAAAAUACCUUUCUAAAGGGUGGUAGUGCAUUGACUUUGAAAACAAUAUAUGAAUCGUUAGCCAGUAGACUGUCUGGAAAACUGCUGAAGGAGGCUGCAAAUUAUGAGAUAAAGAAAGAACUUGUUAAGCAGGGUGGGCGGUUGGCUGCUGUUAACCUGGAGUCUAGAGCUGGUUUGCUUGCAGCUAGGCAGGGUUUGGCUCGGGCAGCAUCGAGAUAUGUUGGACUCAGGAGUGUCAUGACAUUUCUUGGACCAAUAUUGUGGGGGACACUCUUGGCUGAUAUUGUGAUUCAAAUGCUGGGCACGGAUUAUGCUAGGAUCGUCCAGGCAAUCUAUGCAUUUGCUCAGAUUCGUCUGACUCGGACAAGUUACAUAGAACCUGAUGAAGAAUGA